GGGUUUGGUAGGAGCUGCGGGUGGUCCACCGGUUCAUCAUCCAAGAAGCAUAUUUUCCUCAACAAAUACCGACUAUUCCACAGAGGAGGAGGAAAAGUUACACCGCACGGUAUCGCACCUCGACCAGCGGAAAAAGCUGUGCAGCUUUGUUUCAACCUCGUCCAGAACCCGAGCGGCGGUGGUGCCUCAGAAGUCCUUGCACGGUGCGACAGGUCGUGGUGAGACCGUUCUCGAAAGAAAUACUUCGCUCGGUGCUACUGCAUUACUACACCCACAACAUGCAGGAGAUGUAGAUGAAGUUGAAGUAAUUCAUCCUGAUAGAAACAAUCCCACGAUUGCAUCGUUUGCUCCGCCCACAGCC